UCGUCAUCGAUCGUCAUUGGCUGUGUUUUGUUGACCAAGAAACAAAGAAAGUAUGUUGAACGCGAGUUGUUGAAUGAGAAUGGGUUACGGCUAAUAUCUUUCCUGGUGUUGGCCACAAAAUAUCAUAAUUUCAUUGAAAAGCCAACACUUUAAUUUCCUACAAUAAUCCAUUCUUCUACCAUGAGUUCUACUGCCGUUGACCCUGAAAUCUACUCCAAGUCUGGAAACGUGGACAAGCACUUGGAGGGAGUGAAGAAGCAAUAUGAUACCGCCGAAAAAUUGGAGUUCUAUGCCGAAGUCAUGGGAGAUGGAACAGCCAACAUUCAUUUCGGAAAGUGGGAUGGAAUUGAUCUCGAAGAAGAGGGUGCCUAUGGCAAGGCAUCGGAAAAAAUGACCGAUUACAUGUUCGAUUUGGCCCAUUCCUUGACUCCUGAAGCUCGUCAGAGCGCCAAGGAUUUCAAGUACGUCGAUCUCGGUAGCGGAACCGGUGCCGCCGCCAUUCGAUUGACGGAAAUGCAUGACUUCAUUUCAACUGCUGCCUGUUUGAAUUUGUGCGACGAACAGAAUGCUCUCGCCAAGUCCCGUGCCACCGAGAAGGGCAUUGGAGAACGCGUCCGUGUCGAAACCGGCACCUACGAAGAUGUUCACAUGUUUGCCGAGAACGAGUUCGACAUGGCAUUUUCCCAGGAUGCCUUUGUCCAUGCGUUUUCCAAACUCAAGGCCUACAAGGAAGCCCUCAAAAUUGUCCGACCUGGAGGAGCCUUUAUUUUCUGUGACUUGAUGUGCGGCGAUGGACCCGAUGUGUCGAGUGAAGAACUGGAAACCUUUGCCCAGACCAACAUGGUCAAUGACUGGUUGUCCCCAGCCCAAAACGUCAAGGUGGCCCAAGAAGCCGGAUGGACCGAUGUCACCUUUGUCGAUUUGACUUCGGACAUUCGAACUUCGUUCCAGCUCAUGGGAAAGAAGGUCGAAAAGAUGAUUGCUGCUGGAACCAAAAUUGAUCCCGUCCUCCUGACCACCUACAAGGAAAACUUGGCCCGUCGUGUCACACAAGUUGACCGUGGUGUCUUCAAGUGGGGUGUCAUCCAUGCCAAGAAGGCGUAAGCACCAAGAGGUUGCGCAAGAAAAUUUUGAUGCAAGUGCAGGAUGGAUGGAUGGAUGGAUGGAGGCGAAGAAGAAAAGAAGAAACCAUGGAGGAGUGGAGGCAGCUGCUGUUGCGGCUAUUAUUUGGCCAGCGACUGUUGCAUAGUAUUUAGUUGUUUCACUACUUACCCGCUACGAUUCACAGACUAGAAUCUAAAAUAAUUGAAUAGCAUUUUCACAUGCC